UAAAGGUAAUAUAAUAUGUGUAUAUUUUUUCCACUUACAGCAUCCCAAAGUGUAGCCACUAGCCGAGAGUUUGUUCCGACAUCUCAAAGUCCACUCUACUCAAUUUUGGCUUCAGUAUUUACCAGUGCACAGAAAACCACAACCCAAGGACAGGACAUUCUAACUUCGAGUCAGGUCUCUGCUUCAACCUCUCAAGCCAGAACCACAUCGAAUCCUGCAGGACUCGCUACAACAACUUCUAAACCUUCAAUGAAUCUCACUACACCAACACAAAUUCCGCUUACAUCAGCAACCACAUCAAACACAACCUUUCCACCCGCCACUCAAGCUCUGACUGGUUCAGCUCUUACUAACACGACUACUAUGUCAAAUACUGGUGGAUUAAACACGUCGCCUUCAACACCAGCCUCACCUAUGUCUUAUGUAACCACUCAAAUGACCCAGAGCACGUCAAUAUCUGCCCAGACACUUUCAAACAAUCACAUUAGCCAUCCAGUCAGUGGCUUUGGUACCUCUGAAACAACAGCCAAUCACACGACAGUAAGCUCUUCCACUGAACCAACUGUCAUGACUCAAGUAACCAAUCAGACAGCAGUUCUACGAACAACGACGUCCAAUGCAUUAUUCACAGAGCCAUUUGUGGUACAGUGCAACUUUUCCCAAUACUGCGCUAAUGAAUCAUCAUACUACUGGAUGCUUGUGGAGGUGUAUGACUCUAAUAUGACAGAGAAAGCUAUUCAAAGUUGGUUUUCAGAGCUUUUUAACAUGAGCAUCUGCUCUGCUGAAGAUUUAACAACAGAUAACAAUAUUACAUCAUACCAAAAUGACAUAGUCUUUGUGACUUCUGAGGUUAGAUGUGAAGACAAGCAGAACAUCCUGCCGACAAACUGCACUGUACUUCUACAGCUGAGCCAGCCUGUGAAUACAUGCAUCCUUCGCAAUCUGGUGGAAAACUGUAUACAUAUCGACUCAUCAAUCCAGCUUCUGGGAGAUGUAGAAAGAGUGGGAAAAGGCCUGUGCCCAAAGAACAAUAUUACGCCCCCUGGAGAUGGUUUUGUUUACUGCACAUCUCCAAUGUCUUAUGAUGGUAUCUGCAAGACCCAGGGAUCUGUAAAUGUCACAUGCUAUUAUAAUGAGAAUGGCUUUGUUCCUAAAGACUUUGUUGCUAAUCAAUCCUGCAAUGUUGAGAACCAACAACAAUGUGAGUGUCAUGUAUCUAACAACAACGAGACAUAUUAUGCUGUUCGUCUAAAUAUUACAAGCCCAGAUGUGAGUUUCACCUACGUUCAGGACAUGGUUAUACAGUUGAGCACUCCCUGCAAUGAAUCCAACAUACCAGGGUCUCUGUGCAAUUCUUCUUCUGAAGUAUCCCAGUUGUAUCUGGGAAUGCACCUGGAAUGUUUUGGAGAAGGAACAAGGCUCUACACAUGUAUGUUGACUCUGCAGUUGUCAAAACCACUGGAUGUGUGUACUGUUAGUACUGCUAUCGCCUUUCUUUGGAAGAACGUUACCAACGUUAGUUUUGAUGGAUCGCUAAGUAGAAUAGCCAUAUGUCGUUUGCCCACUGAUUCAGAAACCAUUCCUUUGAACUCAACAUUUACAUGGCUCUCUGUAAAUCUCAGUGCCAGCCAGAACGAUGAAAUCAAAGACAUAUUGAGAUGUGCACAGGGUCAGACGUUUGCCGUUAUUUUAAAUGACAGCUGUGGGAUCUCACCUUCUAAAUCCUACACAAAUCAACUCCUACACAAAACAAAGUCUGAGAGUAGUGCUACAAGCAUCACUUCUCUAUCAGAAACUACAGUCUGGUCACUGACCAACCAAUCUCACACUGCAGUCACACCAUCCAGAAAUAUCGUCAACACUUCUGAUACACCUAAUACAUCCAUCAAGAGUACAGCCACUCAAACAAACACUGUUUCACUUGAUACGACAAGCCUGCCACUCAUUCCAAUACUUGAUAUAACAACCCAACCAGACAAUACAGGAGGUACAUCACACAAUAUAACAACCUCAAUAGUCAGUACAACACAUACAACACUCAAUGUAACAACUCAGUCGGUCAAUACAGAAGGUACACCACAUACUAUAACAAGCUCAACAAUCAGUACAACAGGUUCACAAUACAAUGUAACAUCAUCUCCAGUCAGUACAACAAAUGCAACAAACAGUUUAAGAACCCCACCAGUCAGCACAACAGGUACACAAAACAAUAUAACAACUUCACCAGUCAAAACAACAGAAACAACACUCAAUAUAACAACCUCACCUGUCAGUACAAGAGACACGAAUCUCAAUGUAACAACAUCACUGGUCAGUACAACAGGUACACUACACAGUAUAACAACCUCAAUAGUCAGUACAAGCGAUACGACACCCAAUAUAACAACUUUACCAGUCAGUACAACAGAUAAAAUACUCAAUGUAACAACCCCACCAGUCAAAACAACAGUUACAACACUCGAUAUAACAACCCCACCGGACAGUACAAGAGAUACGAAACUUAAUAUAACAACCUCACAGUUCCAUACAACAGAUACAACACUCAAUGUAACAACCCCACCGGUCAAUACAGCAGGUACACCACACAGUAUAACAACUUCAUCGUUUGGUACAACAGACACAACACACAAUAUAACAACUUCACCAGUCAGUACAACAGACACAACACACAAUAUAACAACCCCACUGGUCAGUACAACAUAUACAACACACAAUAUAGCAAACUCACCGGUCAGUACAACAGAUACAGCACACAAUAUAGCAAACUCACCAGUCAGUAUGACAGAUACAACACACAAUAUAACAACCCCACCGGUCAGUACAACAGAUACAACACACAAUAUAACAACCCCACCGGUUAGUACAACAGAUACAACACACAAUGUAACAACCACACCGGUCAGUACAACAGAUACAACACAUAAUAUAACAACCACACCAGUCAGUACAACAGAUACAACACACAAUAUAGCAAACUCACCGGUCAGUACAACAGUCACACCACUCAAUAUAACAACUUCACCGGUUAGUACAACAGAUACAACACACAAUAUAACAACUUCACCAGUCAGUACAACAGAUACAACACACAAUAUAGCAGACUCUUCGGUCAGUACAGCAGAUACAACACACAAUAUAACAACUUCACCAGUCAGUAGAACAGACACAACACAAAAUAUAACAACUUCACCGGUUAGUACAACAGAUACAACACACAAUAUAGCAGACUCACCGGUCAGUACAGCAGAUACAACACACAAUAUAACAACUUCACCAGUCAGUAGAACAGACACAACACACAAUAUAACAACCCCACUGGUCAGUACAACAGAUACAACACACAAUAUAGCAAACUCACCAGUCAGUACGACCGAUACAACACACAAUAUAGCAAACUCACUGGUUAAUUCAGCAGGUACAACACACAAUAUAACAACCCCAUCGGUCAGUACAGCAGAUACAACACACAAUAUAGCAAACUCACCGGUCAGUACAACAGUCACACCACUCAAUAUAACAACUUCACCGGUUAGUACAACAGAUACAACACACAAUAUAGCAAACUCACUGAUUAAUUCAGCAGGUACAACACACAAUAUAACAACCCCAUCGGUCAGUACAGCAGAUACAACACACAAUAUAGCAAACUCACCGGUCAGUACAACAGUCACACCACUCAAUAUAACAACUUCACCAGUCAGUACAACAGAUACAACACACAAUAUAGCAAACUCACUGGUUAAUUCAGCAGGUACAACACACAAUAUAACAACUUCACCAGUCAGUACAACAGAUACAACACACAAUAUAGCAAACUCACCAGUCAGUACGACCGAUACAACACACAAUAUAGCAAACUCACUGGUUAAUUCAGCAGGUACAACACACAAUAUAACAACCCCAUCGGUCAGUACAGCAGAUACAACACUCAAUAUAGCAAACUCACCGGUCAGUACAACAGAUACAGCACACAAUAUAGCAAACUCACCAGUCAGUAUGACCGAUACAACACACAAUAUAGCAAACUCACUGGUUAAUUCAGCAGGUACAACACACAAUAUAGCAAACUCACUGAUUAAUUCAGCAGGUACAACACACAAUAUAACAACCCCAUCGGUCAGUACAGCAGAUACAACACACAAUAUAGCAAACUCACCGGUCAGUACAACAGUCACACCACUCAAUAUAACAACUUCACCAGUCAGUACAACAGAUACAACACACAAUAUAGCAAACUCACUGGUUAAUUCAGCAGGUACAACACACAAUAUAACAACUUCACCAGUCAGUUCAACAGAUACAACACACAAUAUAGCAAACUCACCGGUCAGUACAACAGAUACAACACACAAUAUAGCAAACUCACUGGUUAAUUCAGCAGGUACAACACACAACAUAACAACUUCACCAGUCAGUACAACAGAUACAACACACAAUAUAGCAAACUCACUGGUUAAUUCAGCAGGUACAACACACAAUAUAACAACUUCACCAGUCAGUACAACAGAUACAACACACAAUAUAGCAAACUCCCCGGUCAGUACAGCAAAUACAGCACACAAUAUAGCAAACUUACCAGUCAGUACGACCGAUACAACACACAAUAUAGCAAACUCACUGGUUAAUUCAGCAGGUACAACACACAAUAUAACAACCCCACCGGUCAGUACAGCAGAUACAAUACACAAUAUAGCAAACUCACCGGUCAGUACAACAGUCACACCACUCAAUAUAACAACUUCACCGGUUAGUACAACAGAUACAACACACAAUAUAGCAAACUCACUGGUUAAUUCAGCAGGUACAACACACAAUAUAACAACCCCACCGGUCAGUACAGCAGAUACAACACACAAUAUAGCAAACUCACCGGUCAGUACAACAGUCACACCACUCAAUAUAACAACUUCACCGGUUAGUACAACAGAUACAACACACAAUAUAGCAAACUCACCGGUCAGUACAACAGAUACAACACACAAUAUAGCAAACUCACUGGUUAAUUCAGCAGGUACAACACACAAUAUAACAACCCCACCGGUCAGUACAGCAGAUACAACACACAAUAUAGCAAACUCACCGGUCAGUACAACAGUCACACCACUCAAUAUAACAACUUCACCGGUUAGUACAACAGAUACAACACACAAUAUAGCAAACUCACUGGUUAAUUCAGCAGGUACAACACACAAUAUAACAACUUCACCAAUCAGUACAACAGAUACAACACACAAUAUAGCAGACUCACCGGUCAGUACGACCGAUACAACACACAAUAUAGCAAACUCACCGGUCAGUACAACAGUCACACCACUCAAUAUAACAACUUCACCGGUUAGUACAACAGAUACAACACACAAUAUAGCAAACUCACUGGUUAAUUCAGCAGGUACAACACACAAUAUAACAACUUCACCAGUCAGUACAACAGAUACAACACACAAUAUAGCAAACUCACCGGUCAGUACAACAGAUACAGCACACAAUAUAGCAAACUCACCGGUCAGUACAACAGAUACAGCACACAAUAUAGCAAACUCACCGGUCAGUACAACAGAUACAACACACAAUAUAGCAAACUCACCGGUCAGUACAACAGAUACAGCACACAAUAUUGCAAACUCACCAGUCAGUACGACCGAUACAACACACAAUAUAACAACUUCACCAGUCAUUACAACAGAUACAACACACAAUCUAACAACUUCACCGGUCAGUACAACAAAUACAACACACAAUAUAACAACCCCACCAGUCAGUACAACAGAUACAACACACAAUAUAGCAAACUCACCGGUCAGUACAACAGUCACACCACUCAAUAUAACAACACCACACAUUAAUACAACAGGUACAAUUCCUUCCAACACAUCCAUAACUCCACUUAAUACAACAAGAAUGCCACUUAUUACAACUGACAUAACACCUGCUGAGGUUGCAACAGCAACACCAUUCAAUACAACAGCACAGAUACAUGAAACUCUUAAUGCAACAGUUAGACCAUUAAAUGCAACAGUCACACCUCCAUUUACUACUGCCAUGCCACUCAACUCAACUGCACUACAUCAUACAACAGUCACGCCAACAGUCACUGCUGAAAAUGCGACACAAUCUUACACAAGUAGUUCUAAAACCACAACCUUUCCACCAAAUACAACACUGUUUAACUUGACAAUACCAUCACAAAGCACAUUACACACAAAUGCAACAACACCCCCAUUAAAUACAACACAACACACCCCCACAAUUACAACACAUUUAAACACUACCCAGCAAGACAAUACAAUAAUAUUCAACACUACAUCAUUCACUCACAAUGCAACAACACUUCUAGAAAAUAGUACAAAUGUUACACUAUUUAACACGACAGAGUUCAAUGUAACACUUAGAAGUAUCCAGCCCCAUACAAACACAACAUAUUUAAAUGUGAGCUCUUUUGACUUCAAUACCACAACACAAUCUCCACAAGCUACACAAUAUAACACAACCACUCUUUUAGAAAAUGCAACAACCCCAAAUAAUACAAUCCUAGCACACACAACAGAAUCACCAACUAAUGUAAAUGAAUCAAACACAACUCAAACUCAAACUGAAUUCAAUACAACCGCCAUUCUGUAUGAAACAACACAACUUUUGAAUAAUUCUACACUGGAGACCACAGAUAAUGAAACUGAUACCACAACAUAUACACCACAAGUCAGUACAAUGUAUACACUUAACUUCACAACAUUUAAUACAACAUUUUUUCCUGAUGUUUCCAACAUAACAGAUACCCUUUUCAAUACAACACAAUCAAAUACAACAGCCUUUACAAUGAACACAACCUUGUUUAACGCAACAGAUAUUCCAUUGAAUGUAACCAUCUUCAAUGGGACCGAUGUCAAUCGUAGCAUCAACACAACAGAGACUUCCAAUAACACAACAGAAUUUAACACAACAGAAAUUCCAUUGAAUGUAACCAUCUUCAAUGGGACCGAUGUCAACCGUAGCAUCAACACAACAGAGACUUCCAAUAACACAUCAGAAUUUAACACAACCAUUAGCCCUGCACUUAAUACAACAUCAUUUGACAACACAACACAGAUACAUACAACAACAACCUUUCCAACAACAGAAAAUAUUACUAACUCCACUUCAGAGCCUGUCACAACAGUUAGUCUCCUUAACACAACACAGUCAAAUGGCACAACAGAAAAAGACUUUACUGAAAAUACAAUCAGUAAUACAACUACAACAUUCAAUCCAAUUAGUAUUCCAAACAACAUACCAACAAAUACUACCAUUAUUAGCAUUGUCACAAAUAGUAGUACAGCUCCCACAACUGCUCUGUCAGCCAUACUUCCAAGCUCUCCUCAGAACAGCUCCACUUCCACAACAGCAGCUCCAAUUAUUGCUCCGACUCCAACGACUAGUAGAAGUAACACAACUGCAGACACCACAAGGCCAGCCAUUCCAGCUGUGACAACAACACCCUCCACUACCAUGGCAGCCACUUCAGAAGCAACAACUAAAAGCCCAGACAAAGUGGCUAGCGAUCUUCUGAAUCAAACACAGAAUGUGGCAUCUCUAAACUCAACUCAGGUGAAUCAGCUGGUCAACCAGCUAGAGAAUCUUCUCUCUGCACCCAAUAUUACUCUGGAUCUGGGUCGAACAGUGCUGUCCGUCAUCAACAACUUUCUAAACAGCUCUACAAGUGCUCUUGCUGCCUCUAAUCGAUUAAUCAAAGCUGUGGAUAAUUUGGCUCUAAAACUUGUGAUUCGGGACCAGACUGAGAACAUUGUAUUUGAUUCUCUUGCUUUGACUGUGACCAAAGUUGAUGGCACCAACUUUGGGGAAACGUCAUUCACAAUUGCAGAUCCCUUGAACCCACAGGUCACAAAAGGAUUUCAAAGACAAGUCAGGGCAGCAGAAAGUUCCUCCUCAAUGGGCAAAAUAACACUACCUGCAUCCCUGACAGAGAACCUCUCUCCAGAACAACAGAAGAUAGCCUCAAGAGUUCAGUUCACCUUCUUUCAGAAAAGCACAUUUUUUCAGGAUAAAAGCCUGACUCAACAGAUGCUGAACAGCCACAUUCUGGGCUCUAGUGUGGCUAACCUGUCAAUCAAAAACUUGAGGGAGAAUGUUGAGUUUACUCUGAGGAAUAAACAGCCCGUUGCGGGGAACUAUGUAGCUUCCUGUGUUUUCUGGGAUUUUGACCAAAACGGAGGUUCAGGAGGCUGGAAUCGCAACGGCUGCUAUGUCAAGAACAGCAGCACCGAGAACGAAACCAUCUGCAGCUGCAGUCACCUGACCAGCUUUGCUGUGCUGCUGGACAUUAGCCGGGAAGGCCAAACUGACCGUCUACAGGCCACCAUCCUUACCUUCAUCACUUACAUUGGAUGUGGGGUGUCCGCCAUUUUUCUCUCAGUUACUCUGCUCACUUACCUUGCGUUUGACAAACUCCGCCGAGACAUUCCUUCGAAGAUCUUGAUUCAUUUGUGUUUUGGCCUGCUGUUCCUAAACCUGGUAUUCUUGUUGGACUCAUGGCUAGCGUUGUACCCAGAUGCAGUAGGCCUGUGCAUUUCUACAGCAUUCUUCCUGCACUACUUCCUUUUGGUUUCCUUCACCUGGAUGGGUCUGGAGGCUCUACAUAUGUACCUGGCCAUCGUCAAGGUCUUCAACAACUACAUGUCCAGAUACAUGCUGAAGUUUUCUCUGGCAGGCUGGGGACUCCCUUUGGUUGUCGUCAUUAUUGUGAUUGCGAUAAACAAAGAUAACUAUGGCCUCAUAAGCUAUGGGAAUAUUUCUGAUGGACCUACAGAGGAUUUUUGUUGGCUGAAGAAUGACAUAGCAUUCUACGUAGCCGUUGUGGCAUACUUCUGCAUCAUAUUUUUGUUGAACCUGUCCAUGUUUUUGGUGGUGAUGGUCCAUCUGAGACGAAUCAAGCGGCAAAACCCCCACAAUAAUCAGUACCGCAGCAGCUUGCAUGACCUUCGUAGCAUCGCGGGACUCACUUUCCUGCUGGGGCUCACAUGGGGCUUCGCCUUCUUCGCCUGGGGACCCGUCAAGUUGGCCUUCAUGUACCUGUUUUCCAUCUUCAAUUCUCUACAGGGAUUUUUUAUUUUUGUUUUCCACUGCGCUCUGAAGGAAAAUGUCCGUAAACAGUGGAGAAUGUACCUCUGCUGUGGCAGGUUACGAUUAGCUGAAAAUUCAGAGUGGAGUCGGACAGCCACACAGAGCAACAACAAGAAGAAUUCGAUUCUGACAGCAAAUACGUCUGAUUCAGUGACCCACAGUGCACCGCGAAGCUCAGUGAGCAGCGAUGAAUCUGUGCCAUCCCAUGGCAUCGGCUCACCAAUGGACGACAGUCUGAUCAUGUCAGGGGAAGAGAACGACGAUGUGGUCCUCAACGAGAUCAACAGUCAACUCAGUUCACGACACAGAUCUGUGUAGAUUUUUGGAAGAGGAUUAUAAACCCAGACAGGAAAAUAGGUGAAGGAACAGAUCAUUAAAUAUUCUGUUUUUAGCAGGCCUGAAAAAUGUAUUACCAAGAUGAGAAUCUAGUGACUCAGCUCCAAAAAAAAGUCUUCUGUCAUCAGUUUCUCUGAAUGAGUGUUACAUGCAGUAAAGCUUAUAGCAUUCAGCUUUAUAGCCAGGCAUUUUGUUAUUUGUUAUUGAACUAGGCUGUGAGUAAUGAAUAGGAAGAGCAAGGACCUAUGGGAGUCAAUGCGUAAAAAUAUCUCCAAGUGCGGAAACAUUAUAUUACGCCCCACUUUUAAGGCAUCAAGGGUUUUAAAGUCCUAUAUAUUUUCAGCGAACAGUAUUAAACACCUCUUCUGCAAAAAAUAAAUAAAUAAAUAAAAAAUAACAUUAAGAAUUUGCACUCAGAUGAUGCGAGUGUAUUAUAUGGUACUUAAAAUAUGCUUUAUAAUUAAUGAAGGACUCCAUUUGAAAUGAAGAAAAUAGGAGGCAGAUUUUUCUUGUCUUAAAAACCAUAUCAAUCUGUCGUAUGUGUUGAAGAAAGACUGAAAAUUCCACUGUGUCCAGUUGUCUAUAUAGUUGUUUAUUUGUUUUUCCACAUUUUAUAGUCAUUCUCAAUCCUCACAUAAGGAGGAAUUAUUAAAUUAAUGUGCUAAUAUACCUGAAAAUAUCUGUUAAAUGUAAUCAAAUUUAAUUUCUGUGUACUGUAUAUAAACAACAGUUCUCUGAAAUAGUUUUUGAGCAGUAUAAGGGUUCUGUUUAGCCAAAAUAUAGUAAUGUGAUUUAUUAUGUUUUGAUUCAUUUUUGAACAAUUAUGUAGUUUUAUGAAUUUUAUGAUAAUUUCACUUUUGUACAUUUUAGGAAGAGUUAGGAAUCUGAGAUUCUAACAUAAUAAAUAAUUUAUUACACUU